CUCAACCGUGACACGCUAUACGUCUCGUCCUCGGUUCUGAGCUCACUGCUCACAGAAGACACGGGUCGUGCGAGUGUCUAUCUUUGAACGGAAAACCAGCUCAUAGGCAUGCAUGUCGCGUGAACGAGCGCCGAGUACCACAAUGGCUCCCCGGACGAACGGGACGAAGAUACGAGCGAAUCAGAAGUAUGAAGACUUCACGACAAUAGACUGGAUACAGGAUGCGAUCCUACAUUCUGCAUAUAUUGGGCAUGGGUCGAGAUGGGAGGUCGCAUGGGCGUGGACGUGGUCGAAGUCCUCCAUCUUUGCGGAUGCAGCACAGAGUUGGUUCGUGGUCAGCCUAGUCGGUGAGUGUCUGCAUUGGGGUCAAUGCUGCCUGAUAUCCAUUAUCACUGCCUGGCUAUCCGACCUCAAAAUGGGCUACUGCCACGACGGGUGGUGGCUGAACAGGCAGUUCUGCUGCUGGGAGAUAGAGAACGACGAUGCUGGCUGUGAUUCCUGGCACAGGUGGAGCACUGUGCUGCCUGUGCGGUGGACCAUCUACGUGAUCUUCGCUGGUACAUUCUGCUUUACCGCCGCCCAUCUUGUACGGUCGAUCGCGAAGUACGCGGCGGGGUCAGGAAUCUCAGAAAUCAAGUGUAUUCUCGGCGGAUUCAUCAUGAAGGGAUAUCUGGGCUUCGGGACGUUCUUCAUCAAGAGCAUGACGUUGCCUCUAGUCAUUGCCUCGGGUCUCUCAGUUGGUAAGGAGGGUCCCUCUGUGCAUGUCGCGUGCUGCAUAGGGUACCUCGUUGCUAGCUUAUUCAAGCGUUAUCACCUGAGCCAAGGCAAAAUGAGGGAAAUAUUGACCGCGUCCAGUGCGGCUGGAGUCGCGGUCGCCUUCGGUUCCCCGAUCGGUGGAGUACUCUUCUCGAUCGAAGUAGUCACAUUAUCUGUGAGUCACUAUUGGCAGUUCGAGAGUGUCGCUCAAUGCACUUCGGCACCACAGGCUAUGAAUCCGUAUCGCAGCGGGAAACUGGUAUUGUUCCAGGUGACUUACGAUCGCGAUUGGCACUUCUUCGAAGUCAUGUUCUUCGUCAUUUUGGGUAUCUUCGGCGUAAUGGCUGCUUUCCGACGGAAGCACCUGGGUAGCUUCCCCGUCUCCGAAGCCGUCAUUUUAGCAACCAUCACGGCAAUGGUCGGAUACUUCAACCGUUUCGUCCGGAUUGACAUGACGGAAAGCAUGUCCAUCUCUUCCGGCGACUACGACAACAUCUGCCAGACAUCUGAACAGUGGCCGAUGGUCAACUCUCUGUUCCUUGCGACGAUCCUUCGGAUUGGACUUGUGGUCAUCUCGUAUGGUUGCAAGGUCCCUGCGGCUUUCCCGGAAUCCAGUAUGUUCGCCGUUUGCCAGCACGACGUGCAAUGUAUCACCCCUGGGACGUAUGCAUUCCUCGGUGCUGCUGCAGCUCUCAGCGGAGUCAUGAGGUUAACAGUGACGGUUGUUGUCAUCAUGUUCGAGCUGACUGGUGCUUUGACGUACAUUUUGCCGACCAUGAUCGUCCUACUUGUGACGAAGGCCGUCGGCGACUUCCUUGGAACAACCGGUAUUGCAGAUGAGAUGAUCCGCUUCAACGGCUAUCCGUUCCUCGAGAGGGAUGACGAGGCUUACGAUGUACCUGUGUCGAGAGUCAUGAAGACGCAAUUGCAUACCAUACCCGCGUCUGGCAUCUGCAUUCGUGAUGUCGAGGAGCGACUAAAGACUACCGAUGUCAAGGGAUUCCCUGUAGUCUCUGCUGAUGGAAAUCAUAUCUUGUUAGGCUACAUCGACCGCGUGGAAUUGGUAUACGUGCUUGACAGAGCACGUCGAGUGCAGAAUAUUUCCUCAACCACGCCAUGCUCGUUCGCAUCUGACCAGGAUGACCAUAUACAGAUCGAAUUCCAGGUUGAUUUUCCAGGAAUGGCAACUGGUCCUGCUCUUGGGAUCGACGAGGACAUAUCAAUGGAAAUUCUGGAAACGACCGCUACUCCUGGGGUGUUGAAGUUCUGGCCUUGGGUCAAUCAAACCCCAUUCACUGUCUCGCCUCAACUCCCGUUGGAGAUUGCUAUGCAGAUGUUCAAGCGAAUGGGGCCGAGAGUCAUCCUUGUCGAAGACCGUGGGGAAUUGAUCGGGCUGGUAACUGUUAAAGACGUGCUACGGUUCACUUUGACAGAACACAGCCGGACGCAGUCACCAUGGAGCGAGGCAGAAUUCGAGGGUAUCAUCGAGGAAGCAUGGGCAUGGACAACUGACCGGUUUUAUGCAUUUCUAUCUUAUUGCCGCGCUCUUGUCAGACGAUAGCUAACUUAUUGCUUCAUACAUUACUUCUGGGAUAUGCGUACAAUCCAUGCUAGUUUCAUCAGCUCUGCGAAUUAGUGCCGCUGGCUUUGCAGCCAUGUAGGCCAUCGGUGGAUGUUGGAGAUUCGGGAGAGCCAAUGGACAAGGGGGACACAGCACAUGUGAGAUGGGGCCAGGAAUUACGGAGUUGUGCAGUGGGCACAGGCAUCGUAC